UCCUCCUACUCUCCUGCAGUUUCAAAAUAACCCUCUCCACUGUCCUCUCCGAGCGCGUAUAACCUGGAACUUUUGAAAUAGAAUGUUGAAGUUGAAGCAUACGGCCGAAACUAUUUGAAGAAUUGAGCUGUCAAAACAGGGGCUUGUAUGUAUAUAUGGAUCAUCACAAGUGUAACUUCACAAUCUAACUUUGCUCUUUUUUCUCAAAUUCUAGCUCUCUUUUUUAUAGAAUCUCUGUAUUUUAUACCCCAAUUCCUAUAAAAUCAGUAUUCUCUUCUAAUUAGAUCAAUGUCAGACUACAUACCCAAUGAACUCAUAAUUGAAAUUCUUGUAAGACUCCCCGUACAAUCUCUACUUCGAUUCACAUCUGUCUGCAAAUCAUGGCACUCUCUCAUCACAAACCCUGGUUUCAUCACCAAACACCUCAAUCAAACCAUUACGGACAGAAAAAGAAACAGUGACAAGCUUCUCCUUAGGCUUUACACUGAUAAUGAUGAGAAAGAACACUAUCUCUUGUGCUCCGACGACGAAAAAUUCGGUGACGAUUAUUCGGAAUUCGAGUUCCCAUUCAAAAGCCUAAUUGGGUAUUUCAGAAUUGUUGGUAGCUGCAAUGGUUUGCUAUGUCUUUGCGACGAUUAUUUCGGUGAUACCCAUCAUAUUGUUUUAUGGAACCCAUCAAUUAGGAAAUCAGUGACUCUCCCUAUGCCUUGUAAGCCACAAGGCCCCUAUAUGUUUGUUCUUGGAUUUGGGGCUCACCCCAUGACUCAUGAGUACAAGGUGGUGAGGAUUGUGUAUGAGGAGCAUAUAAAUCGGUUCAAAGUUCCUCCGAAGGUUGAGCUUUACACACAAGGGAUAGGGUCGUGGAGAGAGAUUGAUUCUGCUUCUGCUCCUCCAUAUUGCAUGGUUGAAUUUAUGUGGUCACAAGCUUUUGUGAAUGGAGCUGUACAUUGGGUUGCAUAUGAUCCAAGUGCGGUGGGUGGUUUUUGCAAUUUGAUAGUGUCGUUUGAUAUGGUUUCUGAAGCAUUCUCUGAGAUGAUGCUACCUCCUGCUUUAGCUGGUCGGUGUCCAAUGCGUCUGUCCAUUAAAUUAUUUGGAGAGUCAUUGGCUGUGUUUUGUGCUGCAGAAACAGGCAGAUCUUCUUGCUGCAUAUGGGUGAUGAAAGAAUAUGGAGUUGCAGAAUCUUGGACUAAACUAUUCAGUAUUAAUCUACCAGGCGUGUUGAAUAAGACAUUGGGAUUUAGGCAGAAUGGUGAGGUUCUGCUAUCAACAACUAACAACUGGCUAAGUGCUUAUGACCCUGGAACCAAAACAAUUUCGAAUACUGGAAUAAAGGGGAGUUCACACUCAUUUAAUGUUGAUACUUUCCUGGAAACCCUAAUUUUAGUGAAAGAACAUACUAAUGUCUUAGAGGCGCAGUUGAACCAUUUGUAAUGCUCUGCUUCCAAUUUCCUAGAGAGCAAGACAUACAGUUGAAAGAGAAACAGUUAUGAAGAAGCAAGUGAAAGCAAAAAAGGAUGUGAGAAGCAAAAAUGAGAUAUCUUUAGUUACUUUAAGCACUAUUUUAGAUGUCUGAGGGUAAAUCACAACUAUUUAUGUUCUUUAUACCUCAACAUUGUGUCAAUGCACACACAAACUCAAACACACUCUCCUUUUAAUGCUUUGACAUAUUCAUAUUGCUAUGUGCCGAGUUGCUAUAUGAUUAUAUUAAUUUGGUCAUUUGUAAUCCAAUUUUUAGAAAGAGAUGUUUGUUCCUUGUUCUUCGU